AUGGAAGAGUUGGUCCGAAAACGUGACUUUGAAGGGCUGAAAAAUUAUUUUGCCAGUUGCCGGGAGUCUGUGAGUGAAGAAGACCUCUCUUCACUUCUUGAAGUUCGUCUUCGUGAACGAGGUCUGGACAUAGCUCGAGGCCCGGAUGAAACCAUUGAGGAAGAUGUGCGUCGGCAUCUGGAGUUCGCACUUAACAUCUGCAAAAAUGGAUUAUGUGUAAAACAAACUGCUGUUCAAACGCUACAAGAUAUGUUCGAAGUGAGUGGAAUUGGAAGAUGUGAGCGAUUGUUUGGAAUACUCGAGGAAAAUAUGUUCCAGUUCAAGCAAUCACCUCUUGUAGAGUCAUCACAAACUCCGAUACUGAGGAUGUGUAACGAUCUUCUAAAGAGGUUGAGUAGAAGCGCCGAAACUUCAUUUUGUGGAAGGAUUUUGUUUUUCCUUAGUAGAUAUCUACCACUGGGAGAGAAGUCUGGCCUCAACUUGAUGGGACAUUUUAACACACAGAACAUAACAAAGUAUGAUACGACCGAAACUCAACCGGUAGAUCUUAUCAGCGGUUCAGACGAAGAGAUAGAAACUGGAGAAAUCAAGGAAGCCAAAGAGGUGAAUAUUCCAGUCGACCAUGCACUGUACUCAAUUGGGCCAUUUUCCAAAAGAACUCUACGGACGUAUUGAGCGUGUUUUCAAGUUACAAGUUGGAAAAGUCUGGUGACGAUGAUGAUGACAAUGGGAAAAAGCGACCCUCAGCUGUGAAAAGUAUACAUGAAGUAAUAGAUGAAUCUGACUCUUAUUUCGCAAAGUAUCUGACAAGCCCAAAGCUUCUACAACUGCAGCUGAAUGACUCUCAGUUUCGGCGGUACUUCUUGAUACAAUUCAUCAUACUUUGUCAGUACUUGACCAGUAGUAAAGUGAAACAGAAAAACAAUACUCUUACCGAAGAACAAGUUAAGUUUGUUAAAGAAAGCGAAGAAAAGUGUUACCGGCUACUACGUGAGACGCACCCCAGAGGAGCUCAUUUUGCAGAAAGUGUGAAGCAUAUUCUACAACGUGAACUGGAAUGGGCUAGGUGGAAAAGCGAAUCAUGUCCGGCCAUGACAGAUCUUGCCGACAAGCACCCGAUGCAGCCUUACAAAAAACGUCCGCGGACAUCGUUUAAUCCAGAUGUCAUCGAUUUGGGUAGUGCGGAACUGAACAAGCUAUGGAGCAUUGAGCCUAAUCUGUUAGAAGCUUGCAAGAAUAAGAGAAGAAAAUUCGCACCUUCGCUAGCAGACUUUCUUCGUGAUCCUAUUGACGAGCUUGAUCCGGAGCAGCAAGUAGAAGAUCAAUACAAAUCCACUCGAGAUCCCGCCUUUCAAUUUCGAGCCUGUCGACUUUUAAUGGCGGAGAGUUCGCAGUAUAUAUCCGCUCAGUCUCAGCAGACCCUCAGUAUCCCAACGUUUUUGGACAAUGUGAUACUGAAAACAGGGAAAGGAAUGGAGGAGUUUCGCGAUGAGCUGCAAGAACGUGAAGAAAGACUUGCAAAAAGAGCAGUUGAAGAGUCUCUCAUGAGGAAUCGAACAAACGGUGCUGAAGGAAGCGCUUCUCCCAGUCCGGAUUAUGAAUUAAGUGAUGCAACCAUAUCCAGAUUAUCAACUAUAUUAGCGCCCAAAUGGAAGUCAUUGGCUGAAGCAAUGGAGAUGAAUAGCAAGAAAAUUGAUGAUAUUAAAGGGAAAACGAAUGAAGAAUGCUGCUCAGCAGUUAUCGAGCAAUGGAUUGAAACUAAUGGUAGAAGUUUCAAGAUCAUGAGAAACCUUUUGCUGAAGGCGCAUUUGUUAUCAGAGACGGUUGUAGAUCUACUGAAGAACAAAUCACCGUCGAAGUCGUUAUCGAGUUGAUAGUCACUAUGUUGGCUUGACAUCAUACACACGGUUGGACACUGAUCUUGUUUUAACUCUU